AGAAGUGCAUUCAAUGAACUCUUCACGCCGGCUCUGCAACCGCUCCUCCAGACGAUCAAGCAGCACUUGUUUAAUCGGGAUUAUACGGCGGCUUUUGGAGAUAAGAGAAAUCUUGAGGGGUAUGCUGUUCGGUGGAGCCCUAGUCGGGCGCUUUGUUAUAGAGAGGUAUUUACGAGGAUGUGUGGUGAGGUUGCGAGGGUUUUUGAUUUACGGAAGGGGUGGGAGGGAGAGAAGGAUGGGGAGGGGAGUAGGAAAGAGGUUGUGUGUAUUGGUGGGGGGGCGGGGGCAGAGGUUGUGGCAGUGGCAGCGGCUGUAAGGUGGUUUUUGGGGGUGAAUGAGGGGGAAGAUGGGGAAGAGAGUGGGGAGAAUGGAGAGGGUGGGGAGAAGAAGAGGGAAUUGCAUCUCACAGCGAUAGACAUCGCAGAUUGGACAUCCGUUAUCGACACUCUUCACACAGGCUUGACAUCCCCCUCCCCAACUUUCAUAUCCCCAUCGAGCUACUCCGUCACCUUCCACCGCCACGACAUCCUCUCAACCCCUUCACCCCCACCCACACUUCUCCCACCAAACACAUCACUAAUAACCCUCCUCUUCACAACAAACGAACUCUACACCCAAUCCCGCGGAGACACAACCCGCUUCCUACUGUCCCUAUCCGCUUUGACACGAGUUGGCUGCCUGCUACUAGUCCUGGAAAGCGCAGGCUCAUACUCCACAGUCGAAAUAAACGGAAAGGCAUUCCCAAUGGGGAUGCUUCUGGACCACACCCUGAGCGAAAACUGGGAGAUUGUUUUCAAAGACGAGAGCCGGUGGCACAGAUUACCGGAGGGAUUGAAGUACCCAAUCGACCUGGAGAACAUGCGGUAUUUCGUCAGAGUUUACCGGAGGGUG